AUGAAUCUCAAAGACCUUUAUGAUGAGGAUAUUAUUAACAAGUCAACAAGAUUUGUGAUUGAUCAUUUGAUCAAUGAUCCAGAUUACAAUUAUUUCAACAAUACUAUCCAAAAUGAAGAACAAGAAAGGGUUUGGGAGGACUUAAAUAAAAGUCCCAAAGUGAAUGAUGAUAAUUUUAACUUUGAUUUGACUCUUGAAAGAAGAAAAUUAAUAUUCUUAGUAUUCAGUUUUCAUAAUAUAUCUACUUCGAAUUAUUGUCGUUAUUUUGACAAGAAAUACAUUAGCAGUACAGGAUAUAAGAAUGAUAUCCUAGAAGUAAUUGAAAUGGGUAAAUUAAUUCUUAGUAAAUUCAAGACAAAUGAGAUACCAAUUACAAUAACUGUAACUAACCUUUUUGGUGUAUCGUGGUGCUUGAAACUACCCAUGCCUUUGAGAAUUUCAGAUGAAAUUAAAUAUGACGAUAAACAAAAGGACCCAGCAGUUACUUCCAAGAAAGAAAAUUUAUUUUUAACAAAUCAAUUUAGUUAUAUUGAUCUCUUUGAAUCUCAUUUUCAAGUUGAACCUCAAAUUAAAGUAGUAAAUGAUAGUGAAAUCCCUGAAGCCUACUUGAAUGAUAUCUCUGCAAACUUCAGAAUAAAUAAAACUUUAUUAGAACAUAUUGAACCUAUCAAUUUUCAGGAACCAAAAUGUGAUGAUGUUGUGAAUGUAACAGAAGCAUCAUCUUAUAUUGACAAAUUCAUUCUAUAUCCAGCAUUUAAACUAUUAAAUGGAAUAUUUAGUGAACACAACAGGAAUAAGAUUAUCAGAAUUGAGAAACAACUUGGUUUAAAUCCACAAGUAAAAGCUGACUUCACCAUUGAAUACAAUAAGAACAACGCCAACUUUACAAUUCCCAUUGAAAUCGAAAUAGCAGGUAUAUCAAAAUCGUACGAAAUGAGAGAUAUGGAAAAUGAAAAUAAAUUCGAUGAAAUAUUUGAAGAAAUUGUUUAUCAAAUGAUUAGUAAUAAUUCAACCAUUGGAUUUGGGAUUGAUUUGGAAUAUUACAAUUAUUUCAACAAUACUAUCCAAAAUGAAGAACAAGAAAGGGUUUGGGAGGAAUUAAAUAAAAGUCCCAAAGUGAAUAACGAUACCUUUAACUUUGAUUUGACUCUUGAAAGACGAAAGUUAAUAUUCUUAGUAUUCAGCUUUCAUAAUAUUUCUACUAAGAAUCAUUAUCGUUACUUUGAUAAGAAAUAUAUAAGUAGUUUUAUAUUCUUGGAUGAUAUUGAGGAAGUAUUUAAAACAGGUUUUCUGAUUUGUGAUGAAGUCUUGCUUGAUAUAAAACAAGAAAGAAAUCAAAAUGGAAUCCCAAUUCGGAAAUCAAUCCUAAGGGCUACAUCUUACCUUUUUGGAGUUUCCUGGUCUUUGAAAUUACCCAUGUCUUUGAGAAUUCCUCUUGUGCCUGAUCCUAAUGAUAAAUCAUACCCUGCAUUCUAUUACAAUUCAACACUGUCAUCAGACAAUUUGGUUCCUGAAAUAUUGGAAGAUUAUUUCCAAGUUGCACCAAAAAAUAAUGUUGAAAUAUCUGAUACUUUCUUUGAAGAUUUAAUUGAUAACUUUAGAAUUGACAUCGAUUUAUUACAGCGUAUUGGACUUUUAGGCUUUCAAGAUUCACCGGGACCUGUUAGGAAUAAAGCAACGGUAUCAUCUUAUAUUAAAAUUUUUAUUUUCUCUCCUACUAAGAACAUAUUGAAUGGGAUUUUCAGAAUGUCUAAAAAUGACAAUAAAACUAUACUUCUUUCACAACAUGAUGGUUUGCAUCCAGAUGUACCAUCCGACUUUCUCUUUAUAGAUUCUAAAACUAAAUCAAAAAUAAUUCCUAUCCAAAUCAGAAUUAGAGGAGUUUCUGAUGCAUAUGAAUCUAGAAAUGAUCAUAAUCAAACCUUUUGUGAAAUUUUUAAUCAAGUUGCUUAUCUGAUGAUUACCAAUAAUUCUAAAUUAGGAUUUGUCAUGGAUAUGGAAUGUAUAUUAAUUGUUCAAUUUGAAGAUAUCAGACCUUUAACUAGAAGAAAAUGUUUCAAGGAUAAUAUGUUUCACAUAAACUGUCGUAUGAGAUGUAUAAAGUAUCUUGAAUCAAAUUAUAGCAUAGUCCUUCUUUUAACAUUAUUAACAAGUCAUUAUUUUACCAACAUACCUAGAAAUCAACUUUCACAUAUGAAAACUUUAUUGAAAACUUUGGAAAUGUCUAUUGAAGAUAAAUUGGCUGUUAAAGCUAAUUAUUUCCAUGAGAUUAGAUUUGAAAUUUAA